ACCACGGACGGCGAGACCUGGGCGAGUCGUGUUGCUUUCGGCGCAGCUCACAGCACCGCCCAGUGACACAAGGCGGAUAUGCGAUGAGGCUACGCUAGCAGUCGCUGUGAUACAAAAACCUACGCAGUACUCGCCGACGGCUCCACGGACACGGUGGACUGAGGAAACCCCUCGCGCGGGGAGGACCCCGCAGCCCCACGGUGAAUCCGCAGGAAAGCGAGCGAUGCGUCGACGCCCGGGAGAGGGAGCGUGCACUUGGCUAGGUCCGAGGAUCAUCCUCGUUUGCCUCCUUUCCAACAUGGGAAAACAGAAGCACCCUUUGGUGGGGUCAGACAUGUCACGGGCGACUAGAAUUACCGCAACAGGCAGUUUAGCCAGCUUGGAGAGCAGCCCAUCGUGAUUGGCAAGAUGGCAGGCGGCAGGCGGCAGCAUUCAGUACUUGAGGGUAAAUAGUGCGCUGCGGAGCAAUCCAGAUUCACCAACAUCCGUCUUCCUGGCCCGCCAUUUCCGCCAUGAUACCCAACAGCUCGAGAGCUUCAAAUGUGCUGCCCACGGCCCGAGCCAAACAUCAUGCCUGCAGAUCAGACGCAGCAGCGGGGCAGGUCAUCACUGCUACCGCUGCCCUCGAGGCACCGCGUUUUCAUACUGACUGACAUCACCAACGAGCCGGACGAUGCCGAGUCGUUCUGCCGAUACCUGACAUACGCCAACCAGUUCCGCACCGAAGGCGUCGUGGCCGUGACGUCGACGUGGCUCCGAGACCGGGUCGCGCCGCAAAACCUCCACCAAAUAGUCGACGCCUACGAGAAGGUGGUGGAGAACCUCAACGCCCACGUCCAUCCUGACUUCCCCUACCCCUCCGCGGACGAGGUCAGGGGCCUUAUCCGGUCAGGGCCUCCGGUCUACGGCAUGGAAGCGGUCGGCGACGACGUCCCUCUCAGCGAGGGGGGCGAGCUCCUGCUCCAGCGCCUGACGGCCCCGGCGGCGGCCGACGACCCGCUCUGGGUGCUAGUCUGGGGCGGCGUCAACGUGCUGGCGCAGGUGCUGCACCGCAUCCGCGACAGGCCCGACGCCGCCUCGGUCCGCGCGCGCCUCCGCGUCUACACCAUCUCGGACCAGGACGACUGCGGGGCCUGGAUCCGGCAACAGUGGCCCGAGGUGUUCUACAUCGCCUCGGUGCACGGCUGGAACCAGUACGGCUGCGCGGCCUGGACCGGCAUCUCGGGCGACGCGCCGGGCGAGCAGGGCGGGCCUGACGGGUCCAAGGUCACGGCCGAGUGGGUCAGGGAGAACAUUCAGGUCGGCCCCCUGGGCGCGGCGUACCCGGACUUCGAGUUCAUCAUCGAGGGCGACACGCCGACGUUCCUGUACCUGAUCCGCAACGGGCUCGGCGUGCCCGAGGAGCCGUCGUACGGGUCGUGGGGCGGCCGCUACCUGCCCGUCAACAUGGGGGGCUCCCACUCCGCGCUCACGGCCCGGUGGGGCCACCGCGCCGACACGACUGACACCGUCGUGGGCGCCGACGGGCGCGCGUACCGGUCCAACAAGGCGACCGUCUGGCGGUGGCGCAACGCGUUCCAGGACGACUUCGCCGCGCGCAUGUGGUGGACGCUGACGCCCGACUUUGCCGCGUGCAACCACCACCCCGUCAUCUCCAUCGACGGGGACGUCGGGUGCGAGCCGGUGCGGCUCGAGGCGGACGCGGGCGGCACCGUCGCCUUUGACGCCUCGGGCACCUACGACCCGGACGGGGACGAGCUCGCGUUCCGGUGGUUCCAGUACCGCGAGCCGAGCGCCACGCAGACCUUCCACCCGUACGAGGUCUCGGACCUAACCAUCGAGCCCGAGGGUGGGGACGGGAGCAGGGUCAGGGUCACGAUAGCGCCGGCAGACAAAUCAUGCAUGAGGGUCCGGGACAAUAUCCCGAUCGAGAGGGGCCUGCUGCUUCAUCUGAUCCUCGAGGUGACCGACAAGGGGACGCCGCCCUUGACGAGCUACCGGAGGAUCAUGAUCCAGCCGGUGGAUCGCAACUUCAAGGACCGCGGCUGAUUGGGGAUCCAGAGGCGAGGUUGUAUAGUAAUAGAACCAGUUACUGUACUCGGCGUCCGUUGCGCGGGGGGUUUUGGAGCAUCAGCCACAUACAGGCCUGGACGGCCGGUUUACACUUUCUUUUAUUAUUGUUUACUUUUCUUUUCUUUUUGCCACUAAACUCUAUAUCUUCUCCUCGUCAUCAUCAUCCUCAUCAUCUUUCUUUUUAUUUUCAGGACCAUCAACAGAAACGGCAGGUUUCAAGACCCCCUGCCCUCGAUGCUAAAGAAACCACCUCCAGCUACCACCGCAACCGUCCCAAGUCUUCGCCGAGUCGUGUUCCACCCGGAUCAGCUCCAGGAUGGCCUACCUGGUUUGUGG